AUGUCGUCCGACACGGCGGCUCGAGCCUCGAAGGCAAAAGAAACUUCACAGUCGUCUGCGUUAUCCGAGCCAUCGUUGUUCUCCAAGGCACUGCGUCCGACAGCUCACCCUGAGUGGCACAAGGACGAGGCUCUGGAUGUCUUCUGGUGGCUGAAGCAGGUCGCGGCCGUGGUUGUCGGCGUGGCUCUGGGCAGCGUGGGUGUGACUGGCUGGGUGGGGUUUGCGGCGUUUGCAGUCGUGCAGUAUCUAGUCGCCAACGUUUGGGCUCAGCACGCUCGACUCGUGGGAGUCUGUGUGGAGCCUUUCGAAGUCUUCACAGAGAACGCCUUCGUCGCUGCCGGAACGUUCGUCGUGCUGUGGACCCUCAUCUACUCAGUGAAGGUCUCUCUUGGACUCCUCUGA